AGAUUUCUUACGGCCAUGGCAGCCUGCUUACUACCUCAUGCUAAUGCGAGGAUACACCCAUCUAUGCCAACCUGCAGCAGCUGGCUGUGUGCUGCGGGCUACGGGAGGAUGACGUGGACUAGUGAAGCAGCAGCAGGCAGGAAGUGCGGCUGAGCUGCAGCAUGGUGGCGGAGAUCUCCCCGGCUGUUUUCAGCAAUGCACUACGAGGAGGAGAUGAGCGACCUGAUGGAGGUGCUGCCGCGGGAUCUGGCCGCUAUAUUCUCGGACACGUACACUGAGGAGGAGCGCUAUAUGUUCUGCGGCCAGGAGCUGCGCAUCACCCAGCACUAUGGAGCGAAUCUCGGGGUGGCAGCGCAGGUUUGGGACGCUGCGUUACAUAUGUGCCAAUACUUUGAAGAAGAGAAGCUGAAUUUUAAAGGAAAGAAAAUUAUUGAGCUGGGAGCUGGAACUGGCAUAGUGGGAAUUCUUAUGUCUAAACUGGGUGGCCAUGUGACUCUGACAGAUCUUCCACAUAUACUUCCACAGAUUAAGAAGAAUGUGUCUGCCAAUAUCCCAUAUGAUCACGAGCCAAACGUUUGUGCAUUGUCCUGGGGACUGGACCAAGUGCAUUUUCCGCAAAACUAUGACUUUGUCAUCGGAGCUGACAUUGUGUACUUAAAGGAGACCUACGACCUUCUUCUCCACACAUUGCAGCACCUCUCUGGUCCUCGCACCACAAUACUCCUAUCUUCUAAAAUGAGGAAGGAGCAUGGCACGUUGGACUUUUUCCAGGAUUUCCUCCCACAACAUUUUAAUCUAGAACUUGUUAAAAUGAAUGUGGAGAAAGACCUAAACCUCUACAGAGUUACUCAGUUUCAGAACUGACAGGAAACAUUUUUUUCAUUUAUUAAUGGACAGAAUCUCUAAUCCCAUUCCAUGCAAUCAAACCAAACAGCAAUGUGAAAUCUUAUGCAGCUUUUUAAUACUUGGUUUUAGCCCUUUGUUGUUAAUGUUAGUGGUUUUGUAAAGCGAAAAGCACAAAUAACAAGUACAAUGUGGUUGACAGCAGUGUGACAUGUAAGAUUACUGUAGAUUGUCUUGAACUACUUCAGAUCUUCCUAAAUAUACUGCAUUUGUUUCUACAUUCCUUCUGUGCUUUUAAUCCAUGUCUUUAUAUAAUCAUUAUUUUCAUUACCCUUGCAUGCAUUCGUAGAUGCUUUGUGGAUACUUGUACCUGGUUUUGAGUCAGAGCUUGGUCAUAACUCACAGUAAUGACACACAAAACCACGCUUCUUCAUAAUAUAAUAUAUUGAUAGAAAAACGUAGCUGAAAGAUAAAACCCAGCUGAAAGAUAAAACCCAUUUGAAUCAUUUUUGAAAUAUUUUUUAUUAGAGUAGUAAUUUUCAAA